UUUUUGUUUUCUAACGUUAAGUAUCCAUAAUGUACGCCCCAGAUUAUCUUCUCAUUAUAUCCCUCUGUUGGUCAAGUUCGUUUGGAAAAUUGUUACUACCAAAAUUUAAUGAGCGCAUGUGUGAACAGUUCAAGACCGAAAAACUUAGAAAUGCUUGUCAGCGAACUUACGGGAGUACCCAUCAUGCUCAGUUACAAAGUCAUGCAUACAUGAAAUCAAUGAAGGAUCUAUUUAAAGAGUAUGAGGUUGGAAAAUUCAUGCUAUCUGAUCUUUCUACAAAACUUACGUCACACCGUCACCAACUCAGUAUACAACGAAAUGAUGCAGACAACGGGGUCGGCGUUUCUCUGAGGUGUCGAACAAAUACUCCGUGUCCUAUACCUCCUAACAUUCCCCAAAAUAAAGAAAACCUACGUAGCAGUGCUCCCUGGGACUACUGUUUACACUUUAAAGCUACACGAUUUCCGCAGUGGCUCAAUGAAGCAGCAUGUCUGUGUAAAGGAUGCAUUGAUUUCAAUACCGGACAACAUGACAGAAACGUUGUAUCUAAACCUGUAACAGUCAUGAUAACUGUUAUCAUGCGUUCACGUGCCAUAAGCUCGUUUGCGGAGUGUACAAAUCUUACUUGCUGGGAGAAGCAAAUUAGUGUAGAUGUUGGAUGCCAUUGUCAUAUACCAACAUGGCCGGAACACUAAAUAAAUGGAACCUGACAUGGCAAAAUUUAUUUUGAACUCCGCUGUCUCAUCUAUUUGAUAUUCUUGGUAAUCGUCACGGUAUUUCAAAUGUAUAUUAAUAAACACUAAUUGAAAAUUUGUU